CCCUCACAGUUUUGGAACAUUUUGUAGGUAGCAAAAUAAUGUUUAGAAACCUUUAAGAGACUUUCAUUCUCGCUUCAUUCUUUUUUCAUUGUUUUUUGGUCCUUAUGUGGGACCAUCAGCACUAAGGGUAGAAAGGAAAAGAAAAUGCCAUUUUUUGUCUCUGCAACUUCUUCUUUCAUUCAGUCUUGUUUCACACAGUGACAUAAAAACAUCUUCUGUAAGCCAAAUAACUGAAACAGUGAAUUGAAAUGUUACAAAUUAUUCUACUUCUCCUGCCUGGUGUUCUCAGUACUGGGUGGAAUGUGAAUUAUUCUCAUCCGAUCUGUGCUGCGAGGGGAUCCAGUGUCACUAUUGCCUGUACAUUUAUAUAUCCACCUGCGCAAGUACAGCGAGUGCUAUGGUGUUCAGUGGGACCAAACCAUGGUGUCUGUAUGAAUGAGCCAUAUGUUUAUGACAGUGAAGCCAACAAAAAUCAAAGAAACUUUCAAUACAUUGGAGAUAAAACUUCAAAUUGUUCUCUUUUGAUCAGUAAUAUUAAUCAAACACAUUCUAAAGAGUAUAAAUUCAGAUUCAUGACCAAUGUGACAGGAGGAACAUGGACAGGCAAUCCUGGAGUGAAAAUGUCAGUAGACGAUUUAAGGGUGUCCAUGACCCGGUCGAGAGAAAAUGGAAGUAUAAUAGUUGGAGACUCUUUGAAUCUGACAUGCAAACUCAACUGCUCUGGUAAUUUAGCUGAGGUUCAGUGGUUUAAGAAUGGUGAACUGGUGCAACAUUCAGACCCCGUCCUCACCUUUAGCAGUAUAACUGCUAAAGACUCUGGGAGUUACUCUUGUUCUUUGAGAAGCUUUAAAACAACUGUAUCUGAAGAAUUUAGAAUUCACAUUGAAGAUGUCGCUGGAUCCCCAACAGUUCUGAUUAUAGUAGUGUCUUUAGUCUCACUUGGUUUCAUUAUUGUAGCUGUGAUGCUUAUAAGAAGGAAAACAGAAACUCACAGAAAACCAAAUAAGGAAGAAGAAACCCAGAGUUCUCAUUACAGCACUCACCAAACAACUGCUAAAACAGAAACACCCACAGCCUCCACAAACCUAGAGGAAGCAGAGAAUGUGCUGCAGGAAGAUGAAGUUCAAUAUGCAUCUGUCAACAUUCAACCUAAAAAACUGCUUCAAAAGUCUGCCAAAACAGAGCAGGAGAAUGAUUCAUCCAUCUACAGCACAGUGAUGAAUGGUUAAACUUGUACUUUCAGCAGUCAAUAUUCAUCUCUCUCUCUCUCUCUCUCUCUCUCUCUGUGUGUGUGUGUGUGUGUGUGUGUGUGU